AUGGAAGCAUUCUCUGCUUAUAAAGAAAGUGUUAGAUAUGAGCUAGCUAAAAAAAAACUAGAUGAAAAUUUCUUGCGUUGACUUAGUAUCCCUGCAACUACUCAAUUAAUCCACAAACUAAUUGAAGAAUCCGGCCGUCCAUUAUCAGAAUCUCAAACACAUCCUAGCCCGAUUUUCCAAAACCGGAUUAGUACAACAAAUUCUCCUUCAAUAUCCUCCCCUAAGCGUUCUUCAUUAGCUCCACCCUUAUCCCCUUCAGCAUCAUAUAAGCUUAGUUCUACUCAUGCAGUAUCUUUGCCUCCUGAUGGUCUACAUAUUACUUCUAAUCCUCAACAGCCAAAGCCUGAACCUCCAGUUCCUGUGCGUCCGGCUAUUCCUCAAUUUUAUUUUCCUAAAGGCAAACCAAUUGAUGUAGAAAAAUCGGCCCAGUUUUAUUGCUCUAAAACAAUUAAUUUUCUUUACCACAUUCUAGUAUUUUAUUUAACUCCCCCCCUCCGUGAGUGAACAAAAAAAUUUUGUUCACUUACGGAGGGUGUUAAUUUUUUUUUUUAAAAAAAUUUUAUAUAUAAAUUUUAGAGAAAAAAUUUUUUUUCGAAAUUUAAAAAAAUCCUAAUUCGCAAAAAUUGGAAAGCAAAUAUUAAUUUAAUUUAUAAAAUUUACGUAUUAAAAAGCAAUUUGUUUAAAUUUAAACAGAAUUAGCUGAAGAUUUCAUUAUACUAAUUAUCACUUAUAUAUCAAAAUUUUUUUUCCAUAAAAAAUUUUCCUAUUAAAAACAUUUUUGUUCACUCACGGAGGGGGGAGUAAGAAAUAUUUCAAUUAAAAAUGCAAAAUUAGAUAAAGUAUUUGCUCCUAAACAAAAUUUUUUUGCAAGAAAAAUCUGACGCUGACAUGAAAGCCAUUCAGCAAGCUUUUAUAAAAGAGUCUCUAAAAUUACACGAAUUUGUAAAUGUUGUAAAAGAUGUAUGUGGGUUGCCCAAGGUUUUAGUUAAUAAAGUGUUUGUGAUGGUUGCAGGAGAAGGUAGAGAUUCAGUGACCAAACAAAUGUUCUUGAAAUUUUGAAAAGCAGAAUUUGAAGGGAAAAAACCCAUCCAAAGGCUAUUUGCUACUCUGAAAAAGCCACAGAAUAAUUAUUUUGAAAGGGAUGAUUUCAAGCCACUGAUGAGGAUUCUCAUGGAUACUCACCCUGGCCUUGAUUUUUUAAAGGCAACUCCAGAGUUCCAAGACAGAUAUGCUGACACCGUUGUGGAGAGGAUUUUCUAUGUAAUAGAUACCAACGAUGAUGGUAAAAUUACACUGAGAGAACUAAAACGAAGCAAUUUGCUUGAAAUUAUGCAGUCUCUUGACGAAGAAGAAGACAUUAAUAAAAUCAAAGAUUAUUUCUCCUAUGAGCAUUUCUACGUCUUAUACUGCAAAUUCUGGGAAAUAGACACAGACCAUGACUUUUACAUCGAUAAAGAAGACUUUUCUAGAUAUGACGGGCAUACUUUAUCACGUAAAGCAAUAGACCGAAUUUUUGAACAAAUUCCUAGGAAAUUUAAGUCUGAUAUCCCUGAAAAAAUGAACUACGAAGAUUUCAUAUGGUUCAUGAUAAAUGAAGAAGAUAAAACUUCGAUAAGAUCGCUGGAGUAUUGAUUUAAAGUAGUUGACAUUGACCAAAAUUGCAUUAUCACUGCUUAUGAAAUGGAAUAUUUCUAUGAAGAACAGCUCCAUCGUUUGGAAUAUUUAAAUCAAGAAGCUGUACCUUUUAAAGAUGUGCUUUGCCAGAUGGCUGACAUGAUAAAGCCAAAGGUUGAAAAUCAGUUCAAGAUAGAGGAUUUCAAAGCUCAGAAACAGAUUUCUGGUGUAUUUUUUAAUUGCUUGCUGAAUCUUAAUAAAUUUGUGAAUUAUGAGCAGCGCGACCCAUUCACUAUAAAGCAUGAGCAGACUGAGAAUCCAAACUUCACUGACUGGGAUAGAUAUGCGCUGGCUGAAUAUGUUAGGCUCGCGAUGGAAGAAGAAAAUGCUGAAAGUAGCGAAGUCUUAGAUGAAGUCUGGGAUUCAGACCAUGAAGAUGCUAGUUAG